AUGAUCAGAAGCUUCUUUCUUGUUUCCUUGUUGAUCCAUGCAACAUUAGCAAAGAAACCUGCACAUGCUCCUGCCCCUGCCAAAAAAUGGUCAACAUUAAGCGGCAACGAGCCCCUUAUAAUAGCUCGUGGGGGGUUCUCGGGUCUCUUCCCAGAAGGCAGUGCAGACGCAGUUACUAUAACAAAGGACAUUAGCAUUUUUCUCUGCAAUCUUCAGAUGACAAAAGAUGCUGGUGCCUAUUGUUUGACUGGAGCUAAACUUGACAAUGCAACAACUAUAGCAAUGUUCGACCCAAAAGAGAAAACCUACAAUAUUAACGGACAAGAUGUGCAAGGACACUUUGCUGUGGAUUACACUGGUGCUGAGAUUGACCACAAUGUGUCAUUGAAUCAGGCCAUUUUUUCUCGACCUAGUUUUUAUGAUGGCAUGUCCCCAGUACUUAAUGUUGAUGCCCUACUAAGAGAUAAAUCCCCACCAAUGUUCUGGUUGAACGUUCAGUAUGAAGCAUUCUAUAAUGAACACGGAGUAAAGUUAGUUGAUAAUGUGCUAGAAAUAUUGAAACUUUAUCAAAUAGACUUUGUUUCAUCUCCAGAGAUUGGUGUUUUAAGGAGCAUCAAUGGGAAAGUGAACAAGGCAACUAAGGUUGUCUUUCAACUUCUUCAUGCAAAUGAUGUUGAACCAACAACCAAGCAACCAUAUGGUACCAUUGUGAAGGAUCUUGCGGCAAUCAAGGCAUUUGCAUCAGGCAUAAUGGUACCAAAAGAAUACAUAUGGCCAGUUAAAGCAGACAAAUAUCUAGGGCCUCCCACAACACUAGUAACUGAUGCUCACAAACUAGGACUAGAAGUGUAUGCUUCUGGUUUUGCUAAUGACUUCUUUUCAAGUUAUAGUUAUAACUAUGAUUCUACAGCCGAGUACUUAAAAUUUAUAGAGAAUGGGGAUACUGUUGAUGGUUUUGUUACUGAUUUUGCUCCAACAGCAUCAAAUGCUUUAGCAUGCUUUGUACACAACAAUACCCUGCCAAAACAAGGACAAGCUUUGAUCAUAGGCAACAAUGGAGCAAGUGGUGUUUAUCCGGGUUCCACUGAUCUUGCAUAUCAGCAAGCAAUAGAUGAUGGAGCUGACAUUAUAGAUUGCUCAGUUCAAAUGACAAAAGAUGGAAUUGCAUUCUGCUCAAAUACCGCAGACCUGAUAGGAGAUACCACAGCAAUGACUAAAUUCAUGUCUCGAACUUCCAAUGUUCCAGAAGUUCAACCAAAAAGCGGAAUCUUCUCCUUCGACCUCACAUGGAAUGAGAUUCAGACCUUGCAACCUCAAAUUGCUAACCCUGAUGGAAAAGACUUUCAAAGAAACCCAGCAAAAAAGAAUAGUGGUAAAUUUGUAACGCUCUCUGAAUUUUUGGAGUUGGCCAAGACAAAGGCAGUUACUGGUAUUUUGGUUAACAUAAAGAAUGCUGCUUAUCUUGCAUCAAAGAAAGGACUUGACAUAGUUGGUGCUGUAAGCACUGCCUUAAGCAAUGCCACCUUUGACAAGCAAGUCACACAACAAGUUCUGGUCCAAUCCGAUGAUAGCUCUGUGCUAUCCAAGUAUAAGGAUAUCCCAUCUUACAAAAGGGUGUUGUUAAUUGAAGAUAAAAUAGGGGAUGCACCAAGUCAGACUGUGGAUGAAAUUAAGAAGUAUGCAGAAGCAGUGAAUCUUCCAAAAACCUCAGUUGUUAAAGUAUCUGGUUCCUUGUUAACAGGAAUGACAAAUAUUGUUAAAGAGUUGAAAGAUGCAAACCUAACAGUAUUUGUCCGUAGUAUUAGAAAUGAGUACAUAUCCUUGGCAUUUGAUUACUGGUCAGACCCUAAUGUAGAGAUAUCUACUUACAUCCAUUCUGCCAAGGUUGAUGGAAUAGUGACAGAUUUUCCAGCCACUGUUAGCAGAUAUAUGAGAAGCCCAUGUAGCAUUCCCAACAAUGUGCCUGCCAUCUUACCAGCUGAACCUGGUGGACUAAAAAAUACUGUUCCACCUCAUUUACUGCCACCAGCAGAAGCACCACUUCCACCUCUUGAGGUUGCAAACGUUGUUGAUCCACCUCUUCCUCCAGUGGUUAAUGAGGAUAGAACUAAUCCUGGUGCUGCACCUACACCACCACCUCCUUCAGGUGCCUGGAGAUAUGCUGCUAAUCUUGGUCUCUCCCUAGUUGCAAUCUUGUCUCUUGGCAUAGUAAAAAGCAAAUGA